GUUCCAAGCGAGAUCAUAGCAAGAGGUCCAAGAGCAAAACGUGCCUAUUUAAAUGCUUUAAAGACUGGAAAAGUGAAGGUUUACCGAGCACGAAUUAUGCUCAUAGGUCAAGAUCGUGCAGGGAAGACAAGUUUGAAGAAGUCCUUCUUAGGUCUGCCAUUUGACUCUGAGGAAGAAAGUACUGACGGAAUUGAAGUUGAUCCAUCGAAAUUCGAAGUAAAUACUGAUCUAGCAGAAAACUGGAAACGCACCGAUGAAAAGUUUGGAGUGUCUCAAUUUGCUCCCGAUCUUGCGAAGAGGGUAGCUAGGGAUCUCCAAGAAAUUGGUGGUGAAGGAGAUGAGAGAAAAAAUGACAAAGAAAAUGAAGUUGAAGAAAGAGGAGAGAUCAAUCUAAAACAGGUAAACCCAAGCAGACAAGUGAAAUAGGUCAGAGUGUUAGCCAAGAAGCAACUCAAGGCUAACAAACCAAAAAAACAUCAACAGCAAAAGAAGGGGAAAGAGGGGGAUGGCGAGAUAGAGAAACAAACACAGAACUUUCACGUAAUGUAUGUAACGUCACAAACAAAAAAAAACAUUCUUGAAGAAACUGUGCAAAAUUUCCCUGCUUGCAGAGGUUCCUUAUUGGCAGAGUAAAAUAUAAAGGGGAAUGAGAUACAUUCUCGACCCCAGCGCUUACGGGUUUGGGAAUGCGCACGUAAGCUCUGGGAAACUGCGCCGGAGUAGCCAAAAUCUCUGGCUGUUUGGGCCUCACAGCGCAUGCUCUUUGAUCCAACCAAAACUUUUUGCUUCUUUCAAUCUCGACCCAGAGCCCUUCUGCGCAUGUAGAGAAGAGACAUCAAGAGCUCUGGGGAACCCCGGCGCAAGAUUGUCUCUAAUUGGUUUCAGCGAAAAACAAUGGUAGUCUUUACACUAGAGCCUAAACAAGCUAAGAAAUAUUUUAAGACAAGUAAAUUUUAAUUACUUCAAGUAAAAUAAAGCUUCACACACAACUUAUUCUUUUGUACUACAGGUUAUUUUCCCACGCAACAAAAUUAAGAUUGAUUGACAUGUCUCGCCUUUCUCAAAUCAAGAAACCGCAAAACCGCAAGUCAGCUAAGUCGGUCAUAAGGAUGGUUUUCAAGUCGCUUGAAACUUUCUUGAAUCGUUUCAACUUUCCGACUUUAAUGAGAUGCAAAGCAAAGUUACUAGAGAUGCAAAGCAAAGUUACUAGAGAUUUUACUUGGGCCUUCAAACACCAAUUUUUGGUUAAGUAAAACUUAGCGGCUCCUAAGUCUUAACAGCCUAGUGUAAAGACAACCAUUAAUAUAAGUGUUUCUGAUCGGUCCAUUCAAGUUUGCGCGAGAACGGUUGAACGUGCGGCGUGUCUGGCGUGUGAGCGGGUUUUUCCCUAGAAAUGUUGAAGCAAACACGACCGGCCGAUUAUUGAUUUCAGCGAUUCCAAAACAACAUUUGCACGGCUAAUUAGGCAUAAUUACUGGAUUUUCCAAUUUUCAAAUGAAAUAGCUUUGCUACAUAUCGAAAAUUGAACCAGAAAAAGAUUUGAGUGUGAAAAAAUAAAAUAAAAAUUCACCGACAUCUUUGCCAGCUAUAAUUUAAGAAGCAUGAGACAUAACUGAUUUUUCUUUGACUUCCACGUUAUCGUAUUCACACGAAGUAGCCGAGUAUUUUAGUUGACAAAUAAAAGUUUACCGGUUGGGAAAAGUAUCACGUCUUUUGAAAUAACCAUGUCACUUGCAGAGAUAUCAGUUACUUUAUAUGUUUGUCGCUAAGCUUAGAAAUGAAUGAUCGAAAUGCAAAACUUGUAAACUCGCAGAGCUCAUGGAGGCCAUAAAAACUGUGGGCUCAGUGAUUUCCAGCUUACACUCAAAAGGGUACGCGCAUUGCCGAUCGAUUCGGAAAUAAAAUCGGUUUUCAAAACAAAACAGUUUCGACCGCGUUGGGGGCCGGUAGAGGUCUCUUUCAUUCCUUUCAUUUUUUCUCUUGUCAUGAUAGGCCUUUGAUAGUUGGGAAGUGUGUAAGAUUUUGGGCCCUAGUGGCUCUUAAUAAAUUAUUUAUGAGUUAAGAGGUCUAACACGUCCUUAUACGCUGAGGGUGCUUACUGUGUUAAAAAAAGAAUUUUCUAUUCAGAAUUAGUCUGGGCGAAACGCUAUUGAAAGAGAUGAUUUGCGCAAACUAAGGGUUAGUUACCAUAACAACUCACCAGCUAUGACCCAGGAUUACCGCUAAGCCAGCUUCGAACAACUCAGCUCUGUUAAGUGGAGAAUGGUCCCUUAAUAGAGUGCAAAUUUAAUGUGUUCGUCUUUAUCGGCACAUUUUGUAGGCUGGUUUUGACGCUCCUGAAAAACUUCAGGGACAGGAAACAAAUGUGAAGCCAUUGAUGGAAGAGAAACCAGCCUUGUUUAAGACUCAAGUGGAUCAGGUCAGUUUAAAUUCCCCUCUAUGUACGUGUGGCAAGCCUUUAUUUUUUUGUUGCAGGAGACGGGCAGAAGGGAGACACACCGUGGGAACGAGGUUGUAAACAUUACAGAUCACUGUUCCACCCUCAGAGGAAAUUCUUUACUUAAGUGAGGAUCUAUUGUCCCAAUUCUUUUUCAUGGACUUCUGUUCUGGCAUUCUUCCUUAUUAACAAGCGUAUUUAUUCAAUUCAGCGCGCAACUUCGAAUAGGCCAACUCAAAUAAAAGCGCCCACCCUAUAGGCAGGAAAAGCUAAUAAGCGACAAGCCUCGAAUAAGCACCCACCCCUCCUACAACUUCCGACCAAAAAAUAAUUGACCUUACCGAAAAUGAGAUUGAAAUAGGCUGUGUUCUACUAGAGACUUACCUGAAGACCGAGUUUUCUUAGUAUUUUGAAGAAACUUUCCAGGAACAGUUUAAAUUUUUCUUAGUCGAAACAUUGUCACAUUUUGUUGCAACAUAAAAUUCCUAUUGCUGAAAAUUGUGAAAAUUUAAUAAGUGCCCAGCCUCAAAGAAGCGGCCACCUCGAAUAAGCGACCACUCUCAAGGUCCAAAAGCUAAAUAAGCCCCCAGGGCGCCUUAUCGAAUGUAUACGUUAUAAGGAUAAUUGAGGAUCAACCCCUUUUUAAUAACCGCUCGUUUGGAUCCACGUACCGCUUGCGACGUUAUGGUCUAAUUAAAAGCGGUCAUAAACAACGUUGUUCGCCAAACGUCUGCAGGGGGCAAGGUCUUUCGAACUAUACCUAAGUGAGCGUGAUUCAUUCAAACAGAGCAGCGAAAAAAAAUAAAUGUUUGUAACCAACAACUGACUAUAUCAUGGUAAACUGACAGCUUCAGUAAUACGUUUAAACCAGUUAACUUUAUUUUACAAGUAAAAUAUCAUUUAACAACUUAGUAGCUUACUAUUUUUAAGGAAAAUACACAAUCUUUGGUAGUAAAUGGGACUAUAGGUUGUUGGAUGCACUCUGAAGUAAAACAAGGGUGGCAGCAACUCAUCCCACAAAGUGCAUGCAAUAAGGUUGGCAGCAAAACACCCUAAUGGGGGUGGGAAGCCACAAACUCUGAGCUAGCAAUGACCAAUGCAGUAAGGGUGUGGCAGCAACACACUCUGCACUGUAAUAGUCGCAGAGAGAGUUUCGACUGUAUUUGAAGUAGUUACUGUUAAAAAAGUAGCAUUUUAACCUUUUUUAAAACCGUUUUAGGGCUCAUCAGGAGAAUCCGACGUUAGAGAAGAAACAAAUACAGCCAUCUUAACUGACCUAAAAAUCGAUCCCAGUUUGCCUCCAAAAGAAUUUACGGAUCAUCUUGUUCAACGUUUCAAAAACGUGAACAAUCAAAGUGAUACAACAGUAGUCGAACAGUACUACACCCUUGAUCUCUGGGACUUCGCCGGUCAACAUCUUUACUAUGCGUCUUACCCAGUUUUUUUAUCGACGCGAGCAGUUUAUAUACUUGUGCACGAUCUCAGUAAAAAAUUAGACGACACUGCUCAGCCUUGUUUUAAACAGGGAAUUCGGAAAAUUCUACUUAGUAAUCCAAAUAAGGAAACAAAUUUAGAAAGUUUGUUGUCAUGGCUGGUUUCUCUAAGGACUAUGUGCUCAGUAAAAGAGGAAGAUCUGCCGUACUGUCGCCCUCCAGUAUUUAUCGUAGGAACACAUGCAGAUAAACCCUAUCAAGACUUCAAGGAGGUUGAAUCGCAGAUUCAGCGGGAAAUUUCUGGAAAGGACUACGAACGUCACGUGAUCCGUCCACUCUUCUCUGUCGAUAAUACCCAAGGUUCAUCUGAUGAGGGAGUUGUCUCACUUAAGAAACGAGUGAGUGAAGUGUUAAAACAAGAACCAUAUAUGGGAGAAGAAGUGCCAAUUAGGUAAGUAUUUUAGUCAAGAAAAACUCUGCUCCUUAUUAGUUAUUGAAGAUUAUACUUAAAGGUUAUGCAAUAUAGUUCUUAAUAAACUAGUAAUAGUUGACACUACAGCUGCCCCCGUUCUGUAUAUUGUCGGUCAAUAGUAUUCUUGCUGGUUGUGUAGCUCUUUGAAAUAUACCGAUUGCUAAUGAAGAUUAUCACACAUUCCAUACAACAGGUGAGAUAAAUAUACAGGAAACGCAAGGUUCCAUGCACAGUUUCAUCUUGAUUUACACAGCUUUGAUCAAAACAUUCUCAGUUUCGAGAACUGAGUUUAUUCUAAACCAUUUGAAACUUUAUAACGGAAGGACAUCUGUGAGCAGGGAAUAAGUCAGCACAGAAUUUGAUUGUCGGCGAAUUUCUGUAAUUGUCCAUCAAUCUGCUAGUGAUAAGCUAGCCGUUGUUCACUCGUCUUGCUUGUUUGGGGCUGAGUCUUAUUCCGGUCAAAGAGAGAGAAAGUGUGUCUGGCAAGGUUUCCAAUAUAAAUCAAAGAUUUGUGAACUCGUGUCUGGCAAACUCUCCAAGUGUUUAUAUAUACACAGUUAAACGCUCCUCAUAACCUCAUCUGCGCUUAACGAGUGUCUUUUGGUCCAUAACUUUCAAAACAACUGCUCCUCAGAAUGUCACUGCGGAACGCAAAAGAGUAUCGAAGUAUGACUGCACAAUAAAUGUCACAAAAUCUACCUGAGCGGUCCCUUCGGGAUUUUCUGUCUUUACGUCAUCCUAACCGUUUCGUACUUGCGGGCGCAAACAAUAGAAACGUCAUCAUUACCUACCGAUUCCUCGCGGCCCCUGUUCGAGCAAAUCGAGAUUUUUUCUAGUAUACUGACUGUAUAUUUGAACUGUAAGUACUUUCCUUAAUAUACGCGCGAGUUACUGGGGUGCCCCCUCGGGAUUUCGCCUCUGGGCGAAAUCCCUGCGGGGGCAAUAAUUUUUUAAAAUAAAGUUAUCGUUUGUCUUAUAUUGUAGUCACUUGAGUUGGUCGCGGCGUUUCGAAUACCUUCUGGUUGUGUUCUCUAGCCAGCGAGGUCGAAUGAUUACACAGAGUUUUUACCAUUUUCAUGGGAAACUGAUCGGUUCACGGUUUGGGCAAAUGGUAAGCAAAAUUCAGGACUGGUACAUUUCAUCCCGGAAUCGCGUUUACCAUUUGUACAAAUCAUUUCCACUACCAAAAAACGGCCACGAAGCCUGAAACUGGUAUCAAAGAUGGCUUUGAAGAAAUGGAACACGAAUUUCCGUUUUGAGCAUUCUGUCCGGAAAAAAUAUGUUCCGUUGCUCCCGGAAAUUUUCCGCUGGGACGACCCAAAAAGUCGUGUUCCAUUUACUUUCCAACCAGGUUUUCCGGAAACUUUUUGUGAAUGGUGAACAGCCACAUUGCACUUUCUGACAUUAGGCAACUAGAACUGGGUAAACUUAUGUUUUCUUUUUGCCAUUCUCGCUUCUGCUAGUAGAGUAUAAAUAUUACUUUUCUUAACAAGGAAGUCCAUACUGUGACACUAAAUGCACGAAUGAUUUUCACCUUCCUUUCUGUAGUACCAAUCCGCACUUCGUAAAAUUUCUGUGAGUUUCCAAGGACCAUCUUAUCAUAACUCUUUAGGAAGUGAGAUCAAAGAUUCUACCUAAACUUCGUAAGCAUUUCUAUGAAAACUAAUAAUUAUAAAUUUAUAAACCUUGUAAAUAGUUUCUGUUUUUUUCACAGUGUCCCAUUGUUUAGGGUAUUUGUUUGUUACUAUACUUCAUAUUUAUACAUAUUUAUAUUAGUUAUUCACUUUCUAUCAAUUUCAUUUAAUUAUUCAGUUUACGCUCAAUCCUGGCCUUGUAAACUUACACAUUUUUACUCUGAGGGAGCCCAAUAUCUAUGAGCCUUAAUUUUUAUGGUUUCUUUUUUGGGCUUCCUCACCACAUAUUCUGUGUAUUUCUGUAUUCUCGUCUUUCGUUUUUUGUGGUGAAAUAAUUAAAACUAAAACUGCCAUAUGGAACACAAUGUUCGCGCGGUUGUGUUUCCUGCGUGACGCGGAGAAUUAGUUCCCUCGGCGGUCCGUUUAUUUGCCAUCCUCUUUUUGCCGUUUCCUAACCGUGAACAUCAACGCAUUUCAAUUCCGCUAUCCCUGUUCAUUUUCUGUUGAUGGUAUUAAGGUGAAGUCUCAUGAUGUGGAUAGCUUCCUUCACGCUACGGUAGUAUUAUAUCAGUGGGUCUCGAUGUAUACGCUUUAUCUCGUUCUGUUGCAUAUAAUGGCCAGACGUUUCCGGCUUAACAAGACGGUCUCGUGAUCUACAGGAUUUCCUGUGAGUGCGUCAAAGUCUACAUCGGGGAAACAGGGAGGAGAAACUAAGACAGCACGAAGGAAACGAUUCAUCCGUACCAGUCCUCCGACAUAGCUAAACCCAGCCUUUUUCCGCUUUAGAACGACGUUAAGUCUAUCAGUCAGAUGUUGGCCCUAGGACCUUCGGUACAAACCUGGUUUGAUAGGGUGGUAUACCGCUUAGCCCAUGUUAUAGAAUAAAAUGAAUUGAACGAGUAUUUUAAAGAAACUUGGUCAUUACCUAUUUAUCUAUCAGAAUACAGACGCGAGUAGUAGAUAAGGCACCGAAUUAACCUUUUCUUCGCGGGGGAAUUCCAUUAACUUUCGGGGGAAUACAUUAACGCCGAUGACGUCAUGCAUCUCAUUAAGAUAGGAUGAUGUCAUACUUUAAAUUAAUGCCGAUGACGUGACGCACGCGUUCUGAUAGGAAACUAAACUUCAGAAAGCAACGCGUCUCUUUUAUAGAAACAAACCAAGGCCAAACGAACUUUAAGAGUGUUUUAUUGCUGACUUGAAAAUAAUAACAAUAAUAGUAAACUGAUACAAUAAAUAAAAUCUGAAAUUUGAAAUACCAAUUACUAAUUUACGAUCAAAACGUUUUUAAUUAGGCACUGUUAUUUGUGGUUACACUGAUAAGAUGAUGAUUCCAAUGUUGAGAGCUGUUGCGUGAUUAGCGACGCGCGACACCCACGCGUGUGUUUGAGAAAAUAAAGAUACAUGACUAGGAAUGGCCCGUUUGUCUCCUUUUGUCCCUUUUGGCCAUGUUUUGGCCUUUCAGGCCUGGUUAUGGCCUUUCUGGCCUGUGUUUGGCCUUUCUGACACUCUAUAUAACCUGACUAUUUGCGAAAAAGAUGUCAUUUGUGUUCAUCCAUCGAACUGUCAACAUGGUUUACAAGAGAGUUUGCAGAAACUGUCCUAUUUCAUCGUGUGGGGCGAAGUAUCUUGUCAGAUUAGCUAACCAUCUCGCGGAUGUUCAUCAGUUAGACCACAUACAGCGAAGACAGUAUUUACAAGAGGCGAAACUGCAACCUAAAGUUAAAGUCGUCCUUUACGAAAGUGAAGCGGAUAACUCCGGAAAAAAUCACUCAACUAGUACUCGCAAUCCAAUACAGACACAAGAAACGGUGUGCGAACUGUCAAGAUCACGAAGAAAUGAAGCCUCUUUUGAAGCAAAAACUAAACGACCGACUACAAAGUACAAGACAAAACGCAAGAAACAAAGAAAGUCGAACUCUUGGCUUCGACGCCAUAGGAAAAUUGUGUAGACACGGAAGGAUUAGUUAUUAUUCCUCGCAAUGGAACGGAAAAAACUGAUUUGUAAUAGUCAGUCAAAGGAUUAAUUUUCAUUCCUUUUCCUUUCAAAUCGCUGUGUAUUUGACUCUUUUUGUUAUUGACUUUUAAUAAAGUUUUCAAAAACGGUAUCUCUCUUGUGGUUUUAUUUUUUUAUUUUUCUUAUUAUUAGUCUCGUGUUCAAAUUGAUCCUUUUUAAGUUAUUUAAAAUUGUUUAUAUAAUAAUACGUCAAGGUGCUCCCUUGGGUCUAGCUAUAGAGAUCAACUAAUUUGUAUUCAACUUUGGGCUUGUGACCUCGCAUAAUUAACUGACUAACGGCGCGCAAGAUCAUAAGCUCAUCAAGCGCUGAGACUUCGAUAGAUAGUCGUUUCCUCGAGAUGGAACGAAGAAAACGCUUUUGUAAUGGUGAGUCAAAAUUGAAAUAGAGAGUUUUCAGCUCCACUUUUUGUAUGUGUGUGUUUGUGUUUUGUUAAUAUAUCCGAUUUUUAGCGCUAAAUAAGAAGACAUGUGUUGCUAGGAGAUCGAACCUCUUAUUCCUAUGUUUUUUUAAAUAGACGUUCCACUCAUUCGUUACUAGAAUGGAGUUUAUUCAAGAACCAAAGUUAGGGUUUACUUUAGGACCUCCUGUUGUUUUCUAUAGAAUUUUUAUAUCCUGUGCAGCUGCCUGUGCAUACUUUCUACAGAGGCAGGUCAACAAAGGUUGACAUUUUUGCUUGAUAGGCAGUUUUUCGCUUCGCUGCGCUUCGACCUCGUUUUCAUGAUUUGCCUGAAAAAUUAGUACGAUUUCGCAUUCGCUUAACCUCCUUUUCUCUUCUUUUGAAGUAAAGAUUUUUUAGUUAACCUCGGUGUCCUAGUUUUGUUUAUAACCGAGUUUUAGUGAAAGAAAUUUAAUGAUUAAAGAUUUUUCAUUUAGUAUAAUCUGCAAAGAUAACGCGUUCAAAAUUUGCCCGCUUUUAUUUUGAACACAUAACAGUUUCUACAAUAUCUAAUAAGAAAACUAUCGCAAAUAGCUGAUUAUAUAAAAAAAUCACUUUUCUGUUUAUAGAUUAUGAUCUCAACAUUUUUUUGAUGACGUCAACUCUAGAAAAUUCUGAUGUCACUUGCUCCUUGCCAGCUACAAAUAAAUUAUGACAUCAUCCUAUCUAUAUGAUAAGCAUGACGUCAGCCAGCUAAAAAUAAACUAUGACAUCAUCCUAUCUUAAUGGCAUAUCCAUCGACGACACCCUCCGUAGUCUUCGAACUUUAGCUCCUUCACCGUAAUUAUAAAAAAGAAUACAAAUGGAAAACUCAUCUAUGAAAUGUUAAUUUGGAUAAAAGAAAGAAAAAAAGACUCCCCGUAAGAAUACACUAACACGCAUUAAUUAUGCAAUCAAACAUCGUACUACAAAAAGUUUUACAUUUUAACAUAUUUGCCAUCGAUAUACAGUUUGUCGGGCUCAGAUUUGCUAAAAUUUGCACGCUUGCCCUCUUGUCUAGCCUUCUUUAAUUUGUUCAUUUGGGCUUUUCUCAAAUCAUGUAGUUCUUUUGGAAAAUCUUCGUACAUCUUGUAACCAGUAUCUUUAAGCUUGUGGCCGCAUUUAAAAACACGUUCCCUGUCCGAGAAUCUCAGAAAACGAGCUAUGAUGGUUCGACUGCCAUUUCCAUAUUCGCUCUUCGGUUUGCCAAUCCUAUGUACUCGCUGGAGUUCCAUAUCCUUGGCGUCUUCAAUCCCAAGGACAUUUUCCAUAAAGUUAGCUAAGACUUCUUUCGUGUCCUCCUUCGAUGUUGCAUUCUGUUGACCGGACGAUUUUGGUAAUUCAGGAAUUCCUUCGAACUUUAAAUUCUCUCUGCGGCUGUACGCUUCGAGAUACAGAAUUUGUUUACGACAGGCACUAAUUUCAUCUUUUCUUUCUUCCACCAUCUCCUGAAGCUCUUUAAUGUGGCUGUCUACAAAUUUGGAAUUGCUCUCUACAUGUGUGAAUUUUUGAUCAAGACUCUUCUGCUUAUCUUUAAUUGAAACAACAUCUAUUUCGAGAGAGGAAACUUUGCCUUGUAAACCUUUGACAGUUUUGUUCAAUUCCUCCAUCUUCGAGUCUAGUUUGCUGAGCCUUUCUAAAAUUAGGUCCAGUUUCUUUGUAACACCUUCUGUGAGAUUCAGAGCCACCAUUGUUUGGUCUUCGUCAUCUGAGAUCUUCGAGUCAGGAGAGUACGAAUGUCUCAACUUUUUUCCUUCGGGUGACAAUUCUUCUGAGCUGCUAGAUGUAGCAAGAUUUCUCGAUUUUCUUUUUGGGGUUAUAUAAACACUGGAAACUUCCAUAGACGACCAAACAAAUCUACGAUGAGCGGAGCGUUGCGAAACACGUCCUACAUCUCCAACAGUCUCCCCAGUCUCCAAUCAGUUUCAUCACUGAUAGCCUCGUUUAUUCUUCAGUGCGUAGCACAUUCAGCGAACAUUGAAUGUUAGGGAAGAAAACGAAAACAAAACUCGAUACCUUCAAUAUCAGUGAUUGCACAAUGCCACAUUGUCCAAUUUGCACCGGCAGAGGAUCAGGUCCUGUGUCAACGGGUUGGAUUGCUUGGAUUUUCUUUGCUUUUAAGUCACCCGGUAGGAGAUCAAGGGUUCAGUUAUUACUCUUUAACACCUUCUUUUAGCUUGUAUUUUUAUAUUUGGUUUUCAGAUGGUUCAACUUCGAGAAGGUUAUCAAAGCUUUGAUUGCUCAGGAAGUGUAUUUUUUAAACUUCGAACAACUUCAAGGUAUUAUCCAGAGAGUUUGCUUCAUUGAAGGCCAGGAUGAGGCUGCCACCAUGUUGGAUUUCUAUCAUGACCUCGGCAUGAUUGUCAGACACCGCAACACAGUUGUACUUUGGGCUCAAUGGCUUAUUGAGGUCUUCAGACAACUCAUAACUAUUCGUCCUUUUGACGAAAGGGUAAGUAAAACAUUUUUUUCAGCCUAAUUAUUUCAGCCUGGUUACAUAUAUUGCAGCAUAAUGAAUGACCUUCGUAGAAAACACCAUCCACCCCCUUUUAUAUCAGCUUUUGAUUAUCUUGAUUAUCUCUUAAAAAACCUUCAAUGACCUUACAGAUCUAGAGCUAAGCCUUAAAAGAUUUCCAGAUAGCAAGGCGAUAAUUAACUUUCAUAAUUAUUGUACUGUCGUGAAGGGGUUUCUUUGUUGAUACGCACGGCACGUCAGAAAUCUUAACUUGCACUUUAAACCCAUCACGUUUUCAAUGGCUAUAGGUGACUUGCGAGUUGUAGCUUAAUGUUUUGUCAAAAAGAAACAACCAAUGGCCACUUUAUUGGUUGGAAUCAGAGCCACCUUAAACUUGACAAACCAGGCAAUCUAAGGAUGGUGUCACGCCGUCGAAAAUGAAAUGUUUGUGGUCUUGUUCAUGACGUUAUCGAUCGCCCGCUAACUACCUAGGGAACUUAAGCAACAAUGACGGCGACGGGUACGAAAACGUCACUUAAGGUAAUUCCCUUGAAAUUGUUCUACUAUCAAACUCUUUUUGAAACUUGGCAUAAUCAACAUUCAUGAUAUGAACAUUAAAAAAAUGCAAUAAAAAAAUUGGGAUCACCGUGCUUGUUUACGCGUCAGCAGGCUCUUAAACUGGGAUAUUUUUACUAGUUGCACCUUAAAAAUUCAAUCCCCUUCUUACAGAAUUAAGUCGUUCUUACUUGAAACACAAAAAAUUUUACCUUAAACAUAAAACUUCUUUUAUUCAAAUAAGCAGUAUUGCUUCAUUUAAUUUGUUUUUGAUUGCCUGGUUGUGGGGAUAUUGCACUUUUUUGGACAGUUCCGUAGUUAGCUUGAAGUCCUCGCCUUGGCCCAAAUACACCAAAAACGAAACUAUUUCCCCCCAAAAAAUCAUGUUCUACCAUCAAACUGUUUUCUUCUUCAAAUAUGUUCGUUUUUAGACUGUUCUUAGCAAAUACCUUGGAAAAAAAUCGGGGGUCACCGUGCUUGUUUCCUCACAAACUGCUGUGAAAGGUGGUUUUGAGAUCGCAGUCAGGAUUGAUAAUUUGCGCGGCGGGGACUGGGGCGAGAUACAAAAUAACGCCCAUCGUGUUCGAAGUAUGCACUGGAGAUCAAGCUUGUUUUCUGUUGUUUUUAUGUGUUUGAUAUCGCCAACACAGAAAUUCAAACUUGAAAAGAGUGCAUUAAAUACCAAGGAAUGAGGAAAGUCAAAAUUUGAUGAGAUUUUGGAGUUAUGAAUCUUUAUUUUGGACUAUUUUGUAGCGCCGCUGUUCUGUUUAAUUCCAGUGAGUUAGGCUUCGAUUUUUUUGCUUUUGCACGAUAUAAAUGCUUGACAAAGAGACUUGAAGAAAAGACUUUUGAUUCCUAUUCUUCGUAUGUUCGCUUGUUUGGUUUCUAUACACAGCAAAACUUCGUGUUUACAUCAAAGACUGGUCUCCCUUGCGUGGUUCUGGUGCUACGGUGGGUCUUAUUUGUUCCAGAAAUAUUCGUCUCUCCACUCUCGGAGUUUGAACAACAUAUGUACAAUAGCGAUCCCAGGCGAGAUACUGGCUCGUUAAUGCAGUUGGAGAGCCGUAGAGCUGUCCCACAUGCUUCACAGUCGUCACAAUCCAAAGCCUAAGCCAGCACAUUUUAAUAAUUCCACAACUCGACGGCCGCGAAGUGAAAAACCACUGCAGACUUCUGGAUCACGCACAUUUCUUUCAUUUUCUUGUUUUCGAUGGCAAACCAGGAAGCUUUCAGCCGAUCUGCGGCAUCAUUAUUACGAAUUAGCUCUGCAAGAGCGGCCAUAGUUUGUUCUUUUUGCGCUAGUGGGAAGAACCGCUGCCAUCUUGGAUGUGGCAAUGUUAUGCACAGUAGAGGGUGCUCAGUGCAAAACAAGGCAUUUACUUAACUUACUUUACUUUGACUUAACAGGUGAAUUCGCGCUUAUUUCAUCUUGUUCAAUUCAUUGCUAAAUGUUCGCGAAUUUUUCUGGAGUUGAAUUCUAAGGGUCUGUAUUUCAGGCAAGAAAAAAGAAAGUUGCGCGUUGUCUUGUGUCCACGUCCUCCACAAAACGUGAAAUUAGACAUUUUCACUUGGUAGUCGUGCAACGACGGCAAAGAAACGUACAAAAAAGCGUGAUGUACGUGCAAAGUUGUUGCCAGUUUGCUUAUCUAGCCUUUUGUUUUUUUUUGCCGUUCUCGUUGCCGUCGCCGUCGUCGUUGCUUAAGCUCAAGAACAACGAAACCAAAAAUCCCUGCUAUACCACUGGCCCGCCUCUUAGCUCUAACUGGUAUUUCACAUAUGUGGCUUACAAUGCUUAUUUGUUGUCUCCUGAAACUCAAUAUUCUGCUGAUAUGUAGGCUCGAUUUCCGCCGUCUCUCGGGUCCGGUCUUAAUCCUCCCCGAAGAGAGACUCCUUCGGGGUAAUUAGUCCGGGCUCAUUUUCUCGAACAGCGGCUGGUAAUCGAGCCUAGCUGAUAUGAUGUAUUACAGUUAAUACAUGUUUGAUCUGACGCUUUAUCGUACCUCUCAAGUUAUUCAAGGACUUGUAUUUCUGAGACCUUUAUUGUUAAGAAUAUACCGCUACUUCACUGCAAAAAUAUUUAACUAAUCCAGUCUUGUUUUUGUGCUGGAUAUAUUGGCACCACGUGUUUCAGUCGUCUAUGUCUUUUGUGGUAGCGCCCAACAAAAAGGUUAAGAUCCUUCAGUUGUAUUAAGGACAGGGUCAUCUAAAAAACGUAAAAAACAUGAAAAAAUGAGUGGGGGUGGUCUAUCUCCGUAAAUGCAACAUAUUGACACGAAACCUACGUGAGAGCUUAAACGAGUUGCAAAGAUUAAGUUUGAUUGAAAGUUGUCGAGAUAAGGAUCACGUGACUCAUUGAGGUAUUUAAUUACCAUUUUUAACUUCAGGCCAUCUGUAGGAUAACUUAUGCGCACUUAUCUUUAGUUAACAAAUAACGCGCGACAAGUGUUUUGCAUAUCGGGAUGUGCACGAAACUAACUGGAAGGCAUGUCCAGGUUACGUGGUCAUUGAAAUGUGACGACUUUUCUGUCACGUGACAGCUAGAAAACAUUCAUCAAGGGUAGGCAUACCGCCAUUCCAGUUACAGUUGGAAAGUACCUUAGAUAGGUGAAAACAACACCAAUAAAAAUUCUCAAUAAUAGUUUUUUUACCCUGCUUGCAGAAUCCUUAAAGACAAAAUACGGAAGUGAAGCGUUACUUGGUCACGCAACACGUUACCAUGGUGACGUCAAUCUCAAAAUACUAUCUUCACAGGGGUAAUGCAAUGACCACGUCCCAGCCAUGCCACACAUUUUCUCUUGAAGAUAGAACACCCCCUUAUAUUUCAGAACAAAAAAUGACAGAUCCAGGCCUUAAUAUGCCUGAGUUAAUUCGAUCUUUAUAGGUGUCACAUUUUGUUGUUAUUUACUGAAGAAACGCCUUCCUCCGGGUUUGAUAGGUACCAAGACUUUCCAGGUUGUGGAACGAAAUGGAGGAUACAGGGGUCCUCAAGAUGGAGCUGGUUGAUCAUGUCUUCUCCAAGUGCUGCCAGCAGAAAGGCCUGAUCAAGGAGGAUAUCUUGAACAUGAUGGAGCAGUUCGGAUUGAUCGUCAAAUUUGCCACCUCGCCAACAAAUGAAAUGUACUUUGUACCCUGUCAACUGAAGAAACCACCUGAAUUCCUUUGUGAAAUUGAAUUAUCACGUUCAGAUCCAUGUCCUCUCUACCUCCAUUUCAAAUGGGGUUUUGUCCCUCACGGUCUUUUUUACCAGCUCGUGUCACGGUGUACUAGAUGGUACUCUGAGAGUGGUUUCAAGGAAACGCCACAUUUUUUUGAUGGGGCUGCCCGGUUUUUCAUAGGGAAGAAGUCCUUUCACCAGUUCAUUCUUUUAUGCAGGAAAAGAUUCAUCAAGAUCAUCUUGACGCAACCGAAGGGAAUUAAUCUUGAAGUAAACCAAGCAUCGUUCGCUGAAACAAACGAGGUGGCUAUUCUUGUUCGAAAGUUUUUGGAAGAGACAUUGCAGACCCUAAUACGUGAGCUGUCCUGGUUGAGAAACCUAAAGUGUGACUGGUGCGUCGCAUGUCCUGGCUGUCUGCGACAUGAACAGGUUUGUUCUAUCCACGAACAGAAGUGGUGUACUCACGAGGACUGUCUGUGCCUUCUGAAAGUAGAGGGGGGAAUACCGAGGCAUUGCCAAAAAAGACUUGAGAGGCCGACGCUACCCGGACUGGAAAAAUGGUUCUCACUAGAAGGUAACAGCAUUUCUGUGGGGGUGGGUAAGUGUCUUAUAACUGUACCUUAACACAUUUCAAUAUACACUGACAAUGUCAUGCAUGAUUCUCUCAUAAGAAAUUUCAUUAAUAUUUAUUACGUUUAUCUUUGUUGCUGAUCACCCUCCAAAUCCUCGUUUUUCUUUUAGGGAUUUUGACAUUUUUGAACAGAUUCACAAGUUUACAAUUCUGAAGCGAGUUUUGGCAAGAUUAUUUGGGCCGUAACUUUAAAAUCUAUUUAUAAGGCCAUUCAAAGGCCCAAAAGGCCAAACGGCCGGAGCUUAUCGCGGUUUUAUUAGCAUGAAGCACCUAGGAGUAUUGCUACUCCCCCCUGGACGGGAUGCUAGUCCAUCGCAGGGUUACCCCAGAGGUAUCAUCAUAAUGUCGCCGGUACCCAUUUAUACACCUGGGUGAAGAAAAAAGUGGAGUAAAGUUCCUUGUCUAAGGAAAAAACGCUACGGGCGAGGCUUGAAUCCCGGGGGCCUUUGGCUCGUGUGCGCCUUUACCUAUAGGGUCUUUCGAACCAUUUUCCGAACCAUUUUCACUAUGAAAGUACAUUGGAACCCACAACCCAAAACCUUCAGAACAAAGUAAAGUCGCGGAUUCCAUUGUCGUGUUAUAAGAACACUGACUUAAAAGGAAAUCUUGGUCCAAAACUGUGAUAAAGAUGUCGGGUUUCUUAAGGGUGAACUUUUUUCAUGCAGUUCAGUUAAGAACUUAAGCAAAGUUUCCUCGUGAAAAUGUCUGCUUUCGUCUACAUAUAGAUAAAACAUAUGUACGUGACGUUUUCUGUGAAAGCCCGCUAAAUAAUAGAGGGUUUGGAUACGGCAUUCGGUUAUAAGGACAAUAUGGGAUGUCCCCUUGGUGUCCGUACUAACCGGGUUCCACUACUGUAGUGGCAAUCUGUACUGAAAUAGUUUGAACUGGUUUGUUGUUCUAUUCCCGGCAUGGAAUCGAACAGUGGAAUACAGCUGAACUAUAAAAAAAGAGGUCAAGAUUUAAGAAAAAAUGCAACGUACCUUUGCUAAAUUAUCAGGGUUGACAUAUCAGUUGAAAUUUUAGCUAAAUUGUACGUAAGUUUUCAACAUAACAUCAAAAACUGCCAUGAUCAAAGGCGAUUAUUACCGCAGAAUCUCGAAGGAAGCCGUAAAAGGGACUAAAUUACCUUGGGAAUUAAUUUACGUGUAACCGCAAAACCCACGGCUUUGUUAACGUGGGAAAUGCCUUUUACCAUAGUGUGUGUAACAUAGUCCGCUUUCAAUUCUUGAGGAGUUUUGUUUGUACAUAUUUUUCAGAAACUUUUGUGUUCGAUCGGGUGGGGCUGCAGAUCGAGAAAAUAAAGAAUGACUCAGCGAUGUUAAUGUUGUUGUUACAAUUUUCUUAUAGAUGUUUCUGACGAAGAAGCGCAAAUAAGCAAUAGAUCCAAAAGAAAUGUGUCUUUUUACACUCCUCCGCUUUCUGAGAGAACAAACGAUAUAGGUAUCAGUUUAUUUUAUUAUUAUUUUAAAUCAAUAUUUAUUCAGGGGCAUCCAAUUUAGCAGCGCUAGUUUAAAUGGAGCCCUGACACAACACAAAAAAAAGACAUUAAAACACUAAAACUAGACAAUUAAUUAAGUUACAAAGGCAACAUGUACCGCGGGCGUCACUGUUUGAAAUGGCGCUUUAGCUUGAUAGUAAAUUCACUGAGGGUCUCUACUUGUCUAAUGAUUCUCGGUAGGGUGUUGUAGGUCCGAGCACCGUUUAUUUUGAAGCUACCUUGGUAUUUAGUAGUUUAUUAUGUUAUAAUUAUUAAUGAUGCUUAAAUUUUAGCUCCUUAAUUGAGAAGUUGUAGGGCUUUAAAUCAUAGAUAAGAAAGAGCAUAUAGUAAAAGACUUUAAAGCGGAGAAACAGGAAAAAAAAAACUGUGUAAAGUCUUGUUCUCUUUGGAGUUGUCAGCCACAGAAAUGACCAAAAGCGAAGUUACCCGGGUGGGGUACUUCCUAUAAUGGCCUGUACGGGAAGGCUCCGCCCUAAAGGGGUACCCUUUUUAGGCUUCAGGUAUAUGCAUUUUAUGGCUAUGGAAAAGUCGAUAACGCGUUCUGGUGUUGUGGUUUAUUCAUAUUUUAAAGGACAGUGCAUUGAACUAGAUAUGUGAAAGGGGUACCACAGGUCAAUAGAAGGUAUACGAAAGGAGCUGAGUACCUUUACUGCCGAAAAUGGUAUAUAAAAGUUGGACCUCGGGGUGGAGCCUCCCCGUAUAAAGCUCUGUUGAGUAACCUCCCCCCCCCCCACCCAGGCUAAGCUAUCAAAGAUUAUAACUGAUAUUGUUCUUUUUCAUUAAUCAUUAUGUAUCGGAAAAGCCGAUAUGGUUAUUUAGAUAACAGAAAAUACUGGAGCUUAUCUCGCUUUUCUUUUCGGCUAUAGUAAAAGGUUGUGGUUUGUUUCACCGCUUUAUUCGAUAAAUAUCAGCUUUUCCCAUACAAAUUUUUGCAUUGUGUAACAAGCAACGCACACAACCAGGCCUAUUUACUUCUAAAUCGUAUUUAUUCGAUUCAUAACUCAGUCAAUUUAGAAAUCUCUCAUUUUUAUCUCCGUAGAAACUGCAAGUUACCAACCAGAGGUCACUGUUACUCUCCUUGAGAAUAAGGACCUUCCUAAAAUAUCAAAGCCUUGGAAAGAUUGUUUACUCCCAAUUGACAUGUUGUUACUUACUGUAGAGGACUGUGAAUUUCUGAGCUGCCUUUCGUAUUUGAAUUACAGUUUCUGGAAGAGCUGCUGCAAAGACCUUGGCUUCGUUUACUUCGGGGACAUUGGAGAAGGUGAAAUAAAGCUACGAACUGCUGUAAUGAAGUGCCACAGGGGUUCAAUCACGGCAGGAGGCUCUGCAGUCUCUGUAUUGGCGGCUGUCAGAGUCUUGAGGCCCAAAGCCGUGUUUCUAGUAGGUGUCUGCUAUAGCCUGAAAUCCAGUAAAGUCAAAUUAGGAGACGUGGUUAUUUCAGAGAAGUUAAUAACCUGUGUUCCAUCCAGUGAUGAGGUCGGCGACAAAGUUCCUUUGAAAUCCCUUCCUUUAAGGCUGAUCCCUAAUGCUGGAGAUGGUUGGGAAGCGCCUUUGAAAGAUCCCAAAGCACUUGAAGUGAAAAUACAUCGUGGCGAUUUUCUGAGUGUUCCAGGGGUGAUUGAUAACAAUGAAUGCUGCGAGACCCUCAUCAAGCGAUUUCCACAAGCAGUUGCUAUGGAAUUAGAAGGGCAA